AUGAGAAUGGAGAAGCGACCAGUCCAUGGUGCAGCAUCAGAUUGCAAACCACUAACCACCUUUGUUCAGACAAACUCAGAUGCAUUCAGGGAAGUAGUACAACGUUUAACAGGUCCCUCAGAAGCAAGUGCAGCAAAAGAAGGGGAGGCAGGAAAGGUUUCAACUAUCAAAAGGACAACCUCAAAACUCCAUGAGAGAAGGAAAUCCAUGAAGCCAAAACUUGAGAUUGUUAAACCCACUUUUCAUGGCAAAAACGGUUCAAGUUUGUCACCCUCGAAGUCAAGAAGUUCUAGCUUUUCUCCAAGUCCUAGAUCAGGGUGUUCAAGCCUUCUUCCAAGCCCCACCACCCCUUCAACCUUGUUCUCUCAGUUGACUAUUCUGGAACAUGAAAGGAAAGAAGAGUUUGUGAAGCCUGAGUUGAACAUAGAAGAAGAAGAGAAAGCUAUCAAAGAGAGGAGAUUUUAUUUGCAUCCAUCACCACGUGCAAAACCAGGUUACAGUGAGCCAGAAUUGCUUUUUUUGUUUCCCCUGGCUUCUCCUUAUGCGAGUGAGAAAUUAUAA